CUCCAUCAAAAAGUUCGCCCUGCUUUGAGUCACGUGGUUGAAGAAAAUGGCUUCUUGAAACGAAUUUUGUCAAAUGUGUUGCUAAAAGUAGAAAGUAUAGCUACCUAAAACUAAAUGCGAGUGUUAAUAUUGGACUGAAGGGUUUGUAACUUCAAUCUCAGAAAUCGUUAUGCGUAAGUAACCGUUCUACUUUCGGUUUUUCAUGAUUCUCAGGAAGAUGGGUGUGCAGCAGAUCUCAACUGUUGUAAUUUAAGAUAGCUAACGUUAGCUUACAGUAGCUAGCUAACUAACAAAUCUGUCUCGAUUUAAACACCAAAGUCAACCGAACAACAUGCCUCCUCGGAAAAAACGAGAGAACAGAGACAUUGAUGAUUGUCCCAGGAAACGACGACGAGCUCAGGAAGAGGGCAAUGUUGUCAACUCAGACAGCGACGAGGAUGAAGACUUCAGACCGACAUCAUCAUCAUUAAGAGGGGAGCGCAAACGGGACAAGGAGAGUAGAACACGAUCAAACGAGAUGACAGAGGAGGAGAUGCUGGACCUGGCCAUGAGACUGAGUAAACAGGAGGCCAGCAGCGCGGCUCUCCGGCAACGACAGGAGGAAGAGGCCGUGAGGAAGGCCAUUGCUGAAAGCCUCUCCGUAAGUGCAGACAGCCCUACUCAUCCCCACUCAGAAUCUUCGCUCGGGUCAGGGAGCCCUACCCAACAAUGUCAAAAUUCUCCUCCAGAGGGAGAGUGCAGCAUACAGCCCCCCAGGCAUAAACUCUCCUACCCUAACCAUGGUGUGGCUGACAGGGAGGGAGCCCGCGGUGGAGGUGUUCAUGUAGGGGUGGCUCCCUCAGACAGGAGGGGGAAGAAGGAGGGAAGCCCAUUACUAGAUAUGACUGACCUGUCUCAGACCCAGAAGGUCUACUCCCAGUCCUCCCCCCUCAGCCAAGCUUCCAUCUCAGUGCCGCUCCCAUCCUCACAGGAGGAGGGGUCUUCUCAGAGGAACCUUUUCGGAGACCGCUCAGCCAACGCAAUAGAAUCUCAGGACUACAACAACUCCACAAAGAGUGACUCCCAGUCCCAACUCAGGAUCAAGUCCCCUGGUUUCCCUUCCACUAUGGCUUCCCAAGCCAACAAACCUGUCCUGUGCCUGGAGAAGCUUAGCCAGGACCUCCUAGUAGACUGUCAGGCCUCUGGGUUCCUACUAAAGGGUCAUCCCAGCUUAACACUUCCCACAAAGUCCCAGAAAUCUCAAUUUUAUCAGCCCAAGAGCCCCACAUUCUCCAAUACCCCUGUGUUUUCCAAAACAGAGAGAGGUGUGGAACCAGGCCAAAGUAGUCCCUCCUUUCCUAAACGCGCCAUGUUCUCUAAUAGUGAUUCAGGAGAGGAAGAAAAAGAGGCCAGUCCCACCGUUCCUAAAAGCCUGGUCUUUUUCAAGACUGAUAGAGGAAAGGCAGAAGAAGAAGGGAGUCCAACUUCUCCUAAAAGCACCAUGUUCUCUAAGAGUGAAAGAGGACCAGAAGAGAAAGAGACCUUCUCCGGAAGUCCAGUCUUUUCCAGAACUGAUCAGAUAAGGGACCAGGGUCCACAGAGCUUUGUUGAACGUGUCUCUACAACAGGAGACUAUGAGGGUGGAGACCGAGAUGAUGCUGUGAAGAGCAGGGAUGCCUCCGAGUGCCUUCCACCACGCCCCAGAACAACCCUGUCCCUAAACAAGAGAUUUGUGCCUAUAAGGAAGACCGCUGGAGUUUCAGACAAAGCUGUUGACCAAGAGGAACGUGAGGGUGAAUCCUCGCAGAGAACUGUAAAGAGGAUUAGCACGCCUGUAAAGUUGGCUACAGAAGAAGACCUUAAUUCAGAGGAACUUACAUUGGCUUUGGAGACUCAUCCAAUGCAGGAGUUAACCAGCAAUAUGGCGCUACGCUGGUCAGAUGAUGACGAAGAGGAAAAUGGUCCUGAAAAGUCAGCUCACUUGCCCAGCCCAGUCUUCCCACGGAAGAAUGGCCUCCUUCAGCCAAGCAACCAGAGUCUCUCCCCAAACACCCACGACCACCGUUCCCCCCAACACAGACACAGCCCCUGCCUUGUCCCCAAGAAACGCACUUACAACUUCGAAGGCGCCGCGUGCGAGGAGGGGGAGAGCCAGUCCAAGUGCAUCCGGAAGAAGUUCACCUUCAAGGGCAUUUAUGGAGCCCCCUCUCCCUCUCUUCUCAGAGAGGCUGCAGGUAGGAGCCAGGAUGAGGCCAAAGCCGAAAGCACCUCUUCCCACCAGCCCCUGGCCUCCUCCAGCCCCCUCUCUCCCCCCACAGACGGCCAGGGUGAUGGGGGAGUGGUGUGCUACUAUUGGGGUGUGCCUUUCUGUCCACGAGGGCAGGACCCAGACGCCUACACACAGGUGAUCCUGUCCCAGUUGGAGGUGUAUGAGAAGAGCCUGAAGGAGGCCCAGAGGGGUCUGCUGAAGAAGGCAGGCUGGGGGGAGCCAGUCCUCCCUGGGCCCCCAGAGAAACCCUUCUCCAGGAGGGGACGCCUCGAGAGACGCAGGGCCCCAAAACUCCUGGAAGAGGAGAGAGGGGGGAAACGUCAGGAAGAGCUAGUGGAGGUGGUAGAGGAUGAUGAUGAAGAGGGAGAGAAGAGGGCGAGACAGCGGUCACGGGGGGGGGUGGAAGCGAGAGGGAAGAGAGGAAGACAGGAGUGGAAGGACUGCCAGGAUCUGUUUGUGUCUUCUCCUGAACAAGAGGAAAAAUCUCCCUACCCUGUAUUUCAUGCAGAUACCAGUCAGCUAAUUCUACUUAAACGGAGACUUGGCCUUAGACGAGAAGAGGAAAGACUUGCAGAAAAACAACCACCUGACUUACUGGAGGAGAGGGAGGAAGACGAGAAGGAAGAAAAGAUGGAUGAUAAAGAGGGUGGAGAGAAGAGGGAGGAGGAAGAAAGGAUGGGGGAAGAAGUGGAUGUCGGAGGCUUAGAAGUUCCAGAGACCCAACUCAGUGAUGACAGCACUCGAGACCUCAUGGUCACCAGCCCUGCACAGCCCCAGCCAGAGAGCCAGUCCCUGCCUCAGAUCCAGAUAUUUCUUUCAUCACCCUGUCCUCUGGAACAGCGUGAAGAGGGGAUGUUGGUGGUUGGAGCGGAGGAGGGGAGGAGGAGUAGCCCUGUGGGGAUCCCUGCUGUAGGAGAGGAUGUUCGGAUGGAGGAGGAUAUCCCAGAGCCUUCCUUCCCUCGGAGCCCCAGCAUGGACUGUCCCAUGUGCAUGCGUCUCUUCCCCCUGACGGAGAUUGAGAUGCACGCUGCCUACUGUGACGGUACCACCGGUAUCAUGGAGGAGGAAAUGGCAGAGGAGAGCCACUCGCAGGUUUCAGUCAAGGCUCGUAGGAAGAGGACCAGAAUGGGAGAGAUCAUUGGAGAGGAGCAGCCCAGCUCUUCUGGCUCUGGCAAGGUGGUACAGGGAGAGAAGUGCUUCCUGUGUCAGCAACUAUUUCCUCUCAAGAACCAUGAGAAGCAUGUAGAGGACUGCAUCAAGAACAAAGAGGUCUCCAAGGCUGCACCCAGAGACGGACAGAGUGGAGACUUGCUGAGUGCUCUGGACCAGACAGAGCAUAUAUAUUCAGGGACUGCUGAGGCCGAACCAUGCGAUACUACCUUCAAUAACCAACAAAGUGGCCUGAUUGAUGAUCUGGACACAGCAGAAUCUGGGGGAAGAGGAGACUUCAGUGCCCCAGGUUUUAGAGUGAGCACCUUGCCCAUCCAAUCCUUCACCCCUGUCUCAGAAGCCACAGACUGCCUUAUCGACUUCUAACGCCAAUGCUCUUCCACUACCUCCUCUUCCUCCUCCAGGCCCAGCCAAAGAGAGAUUAAAUCAAUAGUUUACAAAAAAUAUAAAUUACUGUCAACCACUUUUUAUACCCCUGCAUAUCUUUUAUUUGUAUUGUUUGUUACACUGAAUUGAAUGACAAAAAUGUGUGUUAUUAAUAUGGUAUUAAAUUAUACUGUUUUUUUUUUAAUCUACUUUCGUUGGGAGACAUGUUUGUUGGAUUGUUACUAUGUUCAUGUGGAUGUCAUGAGGUAUACGUGUAGUUCUAAACUAUUUCUUGCAGUAAUGCAUACAGAAAUCUAUGUAAGAGUCCAUUCACUUUUGCAGACCAACCAAAAGAAUGCCUGCAUACCAAACAGUCACAGCGAACCAAACCGUCCUCAUUGUACAUUAUUGGGUUGUAUUUUGGAGGUGGGAGAACUAUCAGGUUACAGCAGCCUUCAUCAGUGCCACUGUGGCUGUAUGAUUGUAAUAGAAAUACAGUGCUACCAGUGUAAACAAUGAUUGCAAGAGGACUGAUUGUCAAUUGCAGGUAAACAUUUCUUCAAUUUAUUUUGUAGUGAAUUUAGGUACGUUCUGUCGAGUUAAUUUUGUUUUAUGGUGUGUCAAGUAUAUGGUAGGGCUAUUUACACCUGAUGUUGCGUGAAGUAUUUCCUUCCAAAGUAUGCUGAAAAUGUGUCCUUCUGCCAACACUACAAGCAUAUCAAGUUUUAAGUGAUUCAAUCCAUGGAAUGUGCUAUAGAAGUACAGUUCACACUGCUAUUAGCAUCUAAGCUCUUUGCCACCUGUGUACCAUUCCAGUGAUUCUAUAUCCUCCCAGAUGAGCAGCAAGAAGACCAAGAGGGCCAAACUUAGCCAGGAUUCCUCAGACCCAGUCAGCAUAUGCAUAUCCGCAGAUACCUUCCACAUGGUACACCUACUGUGUGUGCGUGUGUGACCUUAUCGCUGCGUUUCAUCCUUCCUUUGCAGGGGAAAGUGUCUCCCAGCCUUUCCGUCUCUGAGUAGGACGAGGACCUAGGAAAGGUCAUCUCACCUGCAGAAAGAUCUGAAUAAAUGACUGGGCAAAGACACCAAAAGGCUCCUCCUUAAGAUGCUUCACACCUUUGUGAGGACCACACCUAAUGGAACAGUUAGGAGUGGAGGAUCAGCAGCAUGAAAGAUGUUUACACCAUCCAUGAGGAGGUUGAUACGUCUGGAAAGGCGAGUGUUAACUCACUGUUAAAUUUAACACUUUCUUAGUGUGUGUAUGUGACCCACCGAAAGAGUGUAAAACUAACACUUUUGAAAGUGUUGACAAACUAACACCAUAAGAGUGUUGGGUCUGUAACACCGUGGGUGUUGCAAAUUAGGUCCGUAACACUGGUGUUGCAAAUUCUGACUUAAAAUAACACUUAGUAGUUUUACAGUCAUUUAUGGAGUGUUGUUUUAGCAUUGUAGGGUGUAGAGCAUUAUUUGCCUAUUUCCCAGCAGCUUUGUUAGUAAUAUGAUAUAUGGAAGGGAGGUAGGUAGUUGAAAGGAGUGAUAAUUUUGUAAUUUAAACAAAUAGAAUAUUUUAACGAAAUGUAUAUAUUUUGAAUGUUAGUGAUACCCACCCAUGACUGUUUUGUUAGUAACAGAGACAUGGUUUUGCAGUCAACACUAAUUGGCUGCCUGAGUGAAUGUUUUUUAAUUAAAAGUAAACUAUUUAUAUAGAUAUAUUAUACAUUUUGUAAGGCCUAGUUUUCCCCAAUAUUGUGGUCUGAUGAUUCUGGCUCAUAGCCCAUAUAACAUCUGCAAGUCACAAUAUGCUGGCUUGUGAAGUGAUUUGUAAUUCCUAUUGGAAUCCAGCCAGAGGUACUAUUCUAAAAAUCAACCUGCAACAAAGCAUGCUGGGAAAUGUGUUGAGGCCCCUCCUUGGUACAUUUUUUUCACUCAGAGUUAACAGAAAUGAACUCGGCUCAGUUGAGUAACAACACCACACGGUGUUGAUUCACACUUGAUUUUUCCCACUGGUGUUAACUCCACUAGAAUAACACUCACAACACUUACCUCCACACUAAGAUUUUAACACCUGCAAAUUUUAACUCCAAGAGAGACCUCAGGAAAAGUACUGAAGUUAGUGUGAAAGGGGAGAGUGAAGAAGAAACAGAGAAUCCAUCCACGUUCCUCGCAAAACCAUGAGCAGCCAUUAGCUCAGAUGCAGAGGCUGUUCCAGUGGUUUAAUUUAAAGCUGCCUUGUUCAAGGGCAAAACGACAGAUUUUUACCUUGUCAGCUCGGGAAUUCGAUCUUACAACCUUUCGGUUACUAGUCCAACGCUCUAACCACUAGGCUACCUGCCGCCCCCAGGUUUAUUUUAUUGGAAAAUAAAAUAAAUGUGAUGCUGGAUGACAACAUAGUGAUGUUUGUUUCCAACAUUCGGGCUGUUCUCCUAAAGAAGUUAAAUCUGCUUUGCGUUUUGUUUCCUUUCCACUAUAGUAACGAGUAUCCCAACCCUAGAAGGAACCAGUGACAGUAAAAAAAAACAGCAGGGAUGAAUGUUGAAACUUGUCGAAGGUAUUUCAACAGGGCGGAACGUUGAGGGAAUGCCACUACUCUGCCAGGCAGGCCCCAAACAACAAGAAAAAAAAUCCUCUAAAAUGUUUCUAUCUUCAGAGGUCUAUAAUAUUUUUUUAUGGCUGACUGUUCAAACAAUACCAGUUCCUUUCCCGUGGAACUUUUUUGCCUGUUUUCUGACGUGUAGGUCAGUUUACACCCCCUAAAGUCGUCAAUUAGUCCAUGUUUUAAGUCAAGGACAUUGCUAUAAAAAAAAUGAUCUAACCUUUAUUUAUCCAGGUUUCAUUGAGAUAAAAAUAUAGCAAGGGAGAAUUUAGCAAGGGAGACCUAAUUGAACCUGGAUGAAUGAUAUAUGACCUGGAUGAAUUAAGAUGUAAAUAUAGUGCUAGGUAUAGGGCUGGUUGCCUCCUGAAAAGACAUCAGUGUUGUCAUGAGCAGAUCUGCUUUACAACAUUGAUUUAAGAUUACAGUAUCAUAUUUGAAGAGAACAGAAAAGUAGGAUCUAGGGAUUCAUCCAGUCAAGUUAACUUAAAAUGAUACAUGACUUUCACUGGAGAUGGAAUAUUUCUGACGGAGAAUUACAUAUGCAUGGACAUCGUCACCUUGUGGAGAAAUACGUAUUUUUGUCUAUUCUGACUGUUGUGUUACUCUGAAUUACAUGUCAUAAUCCCACUGGUCAUCUUUGACUAUGCCAUUAUCUAUAAUAGUGUUAUAGCUGUUAUAGAUGGUAUACAGGUGUUAUACCAGAUGACAUGGACAAUGGAACCUUGUCCUGAAAUAGAAAUAACAAACCUUCCCAUUGGUAGAGUGUCUGCAGCCUUUCCGUCUCUCUGUGGAGAAUCUGCGGGAGGUGUCGUCUCGCCUGAGGAAGGACCUGAUCAUAAGGCGGGGCAAACACACAAACCGCCGAGCGCCAGUCAAGAUGCUGCCCACUUUUGUGAGGUCUACACCUGAUGGGACAGGAAAACCAGUAUUCUACAAGAGCACAGAGACACCGGUCUCUACAUUGCAGAUGAGCUGAAGGCAGUCAUCAAUGACCUUGGACCAGAGAAGUGGUUUUACCACAUUGCGGCCUGCCUGGCUGAGUUCCUGGAGCUGAAGGGUCAGACGCUACCUCUGGGCUGUACCUUCUCUUUCGAGCAGAAAGACAUCGACAAGAGUAUCCUGAUCCGUUGGACCAAAGGCUUUCUUUAACUGUUUAGGAGUGGAUGUGGUCAGGCUACUCAGAAGCCAUCCACAGCAGAGAGUUGCAAUGGUGAAUGACACUGUGAGGACCAUGAUGAGCUGUGGAUACAGGGACCAGAGCUGUGAGAUUGACAUGAUCAUUGCUUCAGUAAGCAGCUCCAGGAGACCGUAAGAAUCCUGGUCCCUAAGUGUGACAUCACUUUCCUCGUCACGGAGCAUGGCAGCGGAAAAGGGCACUGCCAUGGUAACGGCGGUGGCACAAGCUGGCCAUGUAGCCUCGACUGUUAGAGGACAGCAGAGGAGGAUGAGGAAGAUGAGGAAGAUGGAAAUUAAUGUUAGACCAGAGGAGGCACACUGGAAAGACUACUUGAAAUGCAGCACCAUAAAAAUGUCCACCUCAAAUGAUUUUGUUGUACGGUACAUGCUAAACAGCUAACUCACUUUCUCCUACUGUGUGGAAAGUGAUGAAUUAACUUUUUUACCGUAGGCUACCGUUAAAAAUAAAUGUUUUAUUGUACAUGGUUAA